AUGACCGAAACUACCACCACAAAAGAACACUCGACGUCGCCGAAGGAGGCGGCGGCCGCCACAAGUCCAAAGUCCGCGGGGGGUAGCCCGAAGUCGAGCGGUAGUCCCAAGGGACGAACUUCCCCCGCUGUCGGCCCGAGCAUUGAGGAGGCGAUAGAGGCUGACGAUGCCGCGAAUGACGAUGCGGAUUCAGCUUUCGGCGAUGCCUCCUCCUCGACAGCUUCGAUCACUUCGAGCAUCUUACGGUAUAGGACGAUUAAUGGGCGAAGGUUCCAUAGCGAGACGGGAAAUGCUCUCUACUGCCAUCACAUCUGGACACUUGCUCAAGAUGGCAAGCUGUAUCUUGCCCCCCUCUCGCCCAAUAUCGAGAAAGCUAUCGAUAUCGGUUGCGGUACCGGCACGUGGGCGAUUGACUUCGCCGACGAGUUCCCCAACUGCGAGGUUAUCGGCACCGACAUCUCCCCAAUCCAACCGAGCUGGGUCCCUCCCAACUUGAAAUUCGAAAUCGACGACUGCACGCAAGAAUGGACAUUUGAGCCCGACUCGGCAGAUUACGUCCACAUUCGCUACCUCAUCGGCACCAUCAAGGAUUGGUCCGCCCUUUUCAAGCAAGCCUUCAAGACUCUAAAACCUGGAGGCUACCUUGAGAGUUUUGAAGGCUGCCCUUAUAUCGUGAGCGACGACGGUACCAUCACACCCCAGAUGGCCAUGGGUCAGUGGGGCGAUGUCUUCGUCGAGGGCUCCAAGAAGACUGAGCGUACGUUUACGGUUGUUCGGGAUGGUAUCCAAAGGAAGGCCAUGGAGGAAGCCGGGUUUGUCGACUUGCAGGAGUGGAACUACAAGUGUCCGAUGAGCCCCUGGCCUAAAGACCGCAAACUAAAGGAGAUGGGCCUCUACGGCGAGAUCUUCGCGACGGGCGACCCGGAGGGUUUCCUCACCUUCGUAACCAGCAUUCUCGGGUGGUCUAGGGAGCAGUUUGCCGUCUUCAACGCCAUGUUCCGCCGUGAGGUCCACGACCGCCGGAAUCAUGGUUACUACCGCAUUAAGGUCGUAUGGGGACGUAAACCCUAA